AUGAGGCUCAGGACGCGGAAGGGGUCUCCGCGCAGCAGUCACGGGCCUGCCGGGCGCACUGCUCGUACCAAGAGGAAGCACUCAGAAGAGGAGGAGGAGGAGGAGAGCUCGCCUCUGGGAGACAAGCUGCCCAAAUCUGACACCGGUUUACUUUCUACCAUAAAAAAUUUCAUCAAAGGCAGCACAACAAAGGAGGAUCGUGAGAAUCCCCCAAAGAGGAGUCGGGUGGAGCGUGACCUUGACAACAACCUCAUCACCUCAACUCCACGUACGGUGAAAAAAACCAAGCAAGCCCAUUGCCCGCGUCAGACGGAAAAGUCAAGUCAAUGGAGAAGCAGCAAGCUAUGAGCUGACACCUCAACAUGUGAAACAGAAUGGAAAGCUGGAAGAUGUGCCUCCAACAGGCAGCCCACCCAGGACCACACUGCUGGGGACCAUUUUCUCUCCGGUCUUCAACUUCUUCUCACCAGCAAAUAAAAAUGGCACGUCGGGAUCUGACUCCCCAGGACAAGCGGUAGAAGCCGAGGAAAUCGUGAAACAGCUGGAAAUGGAGCAGGUGGAUGAAAUCAGCACCAGCACCACCACCUCCACCAAUGGAGCAUCCUACACCAAUCAGGGCACGCCUGUCCGA